AGUGCUUAUUGUUUUUUAUACUCUCGUUACAUUAUUAAUUAAAACACUUGCUUUUAAGUGUGCCGAGUGUUGUGAGAGCAGCUUAUCAAAGUCCGAGGUUCUAAAUCUUAUCUGACUGGGCAUUUAGAACGUUGUGAUUACGCCGAUUGCGCAACAAUUUGACGAUUGUACGCCACCCAAGAGAGUCGGAAACUGUAGCGCUUAACGGCACUUUACAGUUAUCAGUUACGGUUAGAGCGCGUCUGACGCCCACAGCAUUUAAUUUUGCUUUGUCCGAAAAUUGUUCUCUUUCCCGGGACUCCAGUGUCAUAUUGUCUCGUAUUGUUUCACAUUGGUGACAAACACUAUCGUCUCUCGUUUCCAGUCGUCGGUCGGUUCAUUCAUAAUAAUAAUACCCACAUCCACACCAAUCCGGUUGUAAAAUGUUCGCCCUGCGCCGCACAGCCGCAAUGAUGACGUCGGUCCACCGGCAGCCGCAUCUCAGCCAGGCCGUUUUUCGGGCCAAUUUCGCCAUCAGCGCCGCGAUGGCCCAGAAGAUCAAAGCCGGUCCCGUUGUGGAUGUCCUCGGUGACGAGAUGACCCGCAUCAUUUGGGACUCCAUUAAGAGCCAACUGAUUCUGCCCUUCCUGGACAUUGAGCUGCAUACCUACGAUCUUGGUAUUGAGAACCGCGAUAAAACCGAGGACCAGGUCACCAUUGACUGUGCUGAGGCCAUCAAGAAGUACAACGUGGGCAUCAAGUGCGCCACAAUCACUCCCGACGAGAAGCGCGUAGAGGAGUUCAACCUGAAGAAGAUGUGGAAGUCGCCCAACGGUACCAUCCGUAACAUCUUGGGAGGAACCGUCUUCCGUGAGGCAAUCAUCUGCAAGAACGUGCCCCGUCUGGUGACUGGCUGGCAGAAGCCUAUUGUGAUCGGUCGCCAUGCCCACGCCGAUCAGUACAAGGCCGUCGACUACGUGGUUCCCGGACCCGGCAAGCUGACCCUCACCUGGAAGGGAACCGACGGUCAGGUGAUCGAUGAGGUCAUUAAUGACUUCAAGGGCCCCGGUAUUGCCCUGGGAAUGUUCAACACGGACGAUUCCAUUGUGGACUUUGCCCACGCCUCUUUCAAAUAUGCUCUGGACCGCAAGCUGCCGCUGUACAUGAGCACCAAGAACACCAUUCUGAAGAAGUACGAUGGACGCUUCAAGGACAUAUUCGAGGACCUGUACAACAAGCAGUACAAGAAGGAGUACGAGGCGGCGGGCAUCUGGUAUGAACACCGUCUCAUCGACGAUAUGGUUGCUUAUGCCAUGAAGUCGGAGGGUGGCUUCGUGUGGGCCUGCAAGAACUACGACGGUGAUGUGCAGUCGGACUCCGUUGCCCAGGGCUACGGAUCUCUGGGUCUGAUGACCUCCGUGCUGCUAUGCCCCGAUGGCAAGACCGUGGAGGCUGAAGCCGCUCACGGAACGGUGACGCGUCACUUCCGCUUCUACCAGCAGGGCAAGGAGACCUCCACCAACCCCAUUGCCUCGAUAUUCGCCUGGACCCGUGGCCUGCUGCAUCGUGCCAAGCUGGACAACAAUGAGCCACUGAAGCAGUUCGCCGACACCCUUGAGCAGGUGUGCAUCGACACAAUUGAGAGCGGCGCCAUGACCAAGGAUCUGGCCAUCUGCAUUAAAGGCAACAUCAACGCCGUUACUCGCAGGGACUACCAGGAGACUUUUGAGUUCAUUAACACGCUGGCCAAGAACCUGGAGGGUGCCCUGGCCAAGAAUGCCGUUGCUGCCAAAUGACUAUCCGGCACUCAGUCCGAGCAGCAGGCCUCGCAUCUCUAGAAAACUACUCAGCGAUGCCUUGUCCUCGUCACCAUAUUCACAAUAUUUCCAUUCGUUUUUGUAGAUGUGCAUGUCCUAGGCUAAAAAUCCGUGUCCUCGAUGCAUGUUUCCCACUGUUUCAUUGUCUCUGCGAGACGCAAAAAAAAACCCUGAUUUCCCUUUAACGUCUAACGGAAAAGAAAUUUCAAAUAAAUGUAUUUUUAUACCGG